AAGAAGUAAUGAUACAGGAGCCUACCACUGUUCCAGGCAUCCUUCCAGCAGACACUGCUGUGAAGGAGGUGGUUUCCAGUCCAGUCAUCCCCAGUUCAGAGCAAGAACUGACAGAGGCUGAAGAUCAUACUAAGGAACAUGACCAUCCAGAGAUCCUACCCAUAUCACAGGGCUCCUACACCUCUGAAGAGGAACUGAAGGAGGUAAAGGGGGUUAGUGAAUCUCCUGUGAAGGACAAGACCACAGACUCAAUCGUGAUCAAAAAAGAGGAGGUUGAGAGGAGGCGUCUGAGUUACCGACCCAUGGAAGAGAGCAGUGGGAGUGAACUUACCCCCUCACCCCAGCCCCAGAGAAGGAGGCUGAAGGUAAAUAUGACCUCCUCCAGCAGUGAGGACCUUCAAGCCGACAGCCCCGACUCUUCCGUGGACGACGAAGAGUUCAUCCGGAGGCAGAUAAUGGGCAUGACCGGAGCCGAGGAAGAGAUGUCUCUCUCAGAAGAUGAGAAAGAGUUUAGAAAGGAGGAUACUACCACUGAAAAGAUGCUGGAGCUGGAUAACAUCCCUAAAACAGCCGAGCCAUUGCCCGAAGAAGAUAACACAGGCAGCCCAGCCAGACGGCCAUCUCUUCCCAAGCCUGAAGACCCAACCACAGAGGAGAGACUAGAAACUGAGACCACCAUCGUCUUUCAAAAAGCAAUUCCGAGGAUGAAGCAGAGACAGAGCACUGACGAUGUGGAUGCAGAGGUGGAGAGUAUCACUGAGUCACUGGACGACAAGUCAAAAGGUGACGGUUCAUCCAGCGUCCAGGUGUCUAGCUUCACUCCAGGAGCCUCCCCCACCUCUGCCUCUUCCCUGGAGGAGGACAGCGACAGCAGCCCCAGCCACAGGAGAGCCGGCGGGGAGGGAAAACUGCACCGCAAGGCCAAGCACAGGCAGGCCGGACAGGCCCUGCCCACCAUCGAGGACUCCUCUGAGGAGGAGGGGAUGAGGGAGGAAGAGGAGCACCUUAGGGAGCAUGAGAACCAUAGGGAGGGAGACCUGAAACCGGAAAAGAGGAGCUCAAAGAAGUCCAAGAGGGAGAAAGAUGAACUCCGGACUCAGAGAAGAAGAGAACACCCACUGACUUCGCCCAGUAACCUUUCACCUAUUGAGGAUGCAUCACCCACAGAGGAGCUGAGACAGGCCAAGGAGAUGGAGGAGUUGCGCAGGACAUCAGGCUCUGAUUACUCCCCCAGCAUGGAGUCAGAAUCAGAGGGCUUACAGGGCAGGCUAGCUCAAAUGUGCAAGCCUCCAACAACAGUAAAACAAUCUCCUGAUGAAGCAGCAGGCGUUGAGAAGCAGUUGAAGACUGCAGAUGAAGCCUAUGAUGACAUGAUUCAGAAAACUACGACCAUCACAGUAGACCCUGAGGUAGAACCUGAUGUAGAACCACUGUAUGGAGGCAUGGCAAUUGAGGACUAUCUCUACGAGUCCUUAGUAGAGGAACCUGAAACUAAACCCAGUGUAUCUCCGAAAGAGGAACCAAAUCAAGACGCUUCAGCUGAACCUGUGAAGAGACUCCGGUCUCCAGAGGAAGUGUACGAAGAGAUGAUGAAGAAGAAAAAGGAGCUGAUGUUGAUUGAACAGGAGUUUCAACAGGCACAGUCUGCCACUAUGGAUACUCUUUCACCAGAAUCUGCAGAGACCUUCUAUGUUACCAUCUCCACAGCGGAGGCAGAGAACACCCCACCAGGUUCUGAUUCUAACUCUGAGGUGCCGGUGAAGAAAAAGAAACGUCCUGCCCCACCGAGGCCAUCUGAGCCUCCCAAACGUCCUGAGGUGGUAAUCAUACCUAGCGCUCCGGAUGGGGAAUAUGUUCCUGCUCCUAGACCAAUGAUUCCUCAGGAUCCAGUCCUUAAGCGAUCACUUUUCCCCAUACCAGAUCUCAAGAUUACCCAAUGUUCUUCUGGGGAGGAGGAGGAUGACAGUCUGGUGGAGGAGUAUGGCAUUGGUAUGUCCUCUGACAUCACACCUAGUGAUGAGUCCGAGACCAAAGACGAAGUGGAGACUCCUCCAGUAUCAGAGCAUACCCCACCAUCUGAACCAGAGAUAGAACCUCUCAGUGUGGUGUGUGAGGUCCCACAAGCUAAAUCUACUCCAGUUCUAGCCACUGAAACAACCACUACGCCAUCCCCUGUAUCGCAGGGGUCUCCUCCCACCUCACCAGCAACACCUGACUCAAGCUUAGCAUCCAAUGCUACAUCGUCGUCUUCAUUCCAGGCUCAAACUCCUCUGUCUUCAGACUCAACUCCACUCUCCACUCCAACACCAGAAUCUGCAAAAGAACCAGCUCUGCCUCUGGCUGAUAUGUCUCCACCCUCAAUCACUCCAAUUGCGGUUGUUUCCCAAACCUCGCCAGAGCAUGUUGUUCAAGCAGCAGUUCCAGCUCCAGGUUCGACAGUUAUUGUCACAAUACCAGAUGUGGUGUCAGAUCCAAUCCAGCCCCUCACUUCUCCUGUCCCAGCAGAGGUUGCAGCUCCUUCAGCCCCAGGUCCUUCUCCAUCCCCAUUCUCAGUGGUGGUUCAAAUGCCUGACCUGGUUUCUUCCCCAUCCCAGAAGUAUGUCCAGGGUCCAGCUCCUGUGCAGGUGUCAGCACCAAGUCCAACACCUGUGGUCUCAGCUGCCCCCACUGUUGCUCCAGCAGCAGUAUCAGUUUCAACAACUGUCUUGGUUUCUACUCCAACCUAUACUCCAACUCUAGCUCCUGCUUCAGUCAUAGUCCAAAUGCCAGACCUAGUCUCAACCACAUCUUAUGCCCCACUCCCAGUAUCAGCUCUGGUCACUUCACCAGCAACGGCCCAGGCCACAGUGGUGCACUCAGUCCCUGUGCAGACAGCUAUUCAAUCCCCAUCUCCUGCAGUUGUUCCAUCCCAGGUGCCCCCUUCUGCUCCAGCAUCAACAACAGUCAUCAAGAAAAAAGUCCCACCUCCCCCUCCACCUCGGUCUACUUCUGUCUCAUUGCCCCAGACCACCACAGAACCUUCAGCCAUCAGGGCUAUCCAACAUGUGUCCCCUACCAUGACCACCACAAUAGCUAUGGGUACAACUUCAUCCGGUCAGCCCAUGAAGUCUGUUGUAGUGGAUAUCCAGCCCAGGAUGGAGGAAAAUGCCUCUGUACCACAAGUGGUGACACCAACUAGACAAGGGCAUGUAGUUAUCAUAGUACCUAGUGUGGAAAACGUAUCAGUCCUUGGCCAGUCUGCCCAAGAUCUAGUGGAAGUAGCCACAUCCUCGCCUGUAAUUGAGGCCAGUAAGAUAGCAGCUGGUGUGGUUGUCAGUGUUGCUCCGUUCCCUACUGCUCCUACAGAGCCCCCUCCACCUCCUCCUCCACUUCCCCCCGCCACCUUACCAAAGCCAGCUGUACGUCCCAAAAUGUUGCCUGUAUCAAUCCCAUCGUCAUUUCCCACAGCUGUGUCGAGUGUAGUGACUAUGUCACAGGCUGUCAUGACUGCAAGUCCCAGCCUUUUGGCUAAGUCCCCUGGUCCUCCUCCUGUGCCGCCAAAACCUGUGUCCAUCCCUGCUGGCCUGGUAUUCAGCCACAGACCAGGGGAAAGUGUCAAACCUCCAGAGACUCCUAAAGCCAGUGGAAUCCAGCAUGUGAAGGCCCAUACACUGCCCAGGACGAGAGAACCUCCAAAUGCCCUGUCUCUCGGUUUGACCACAACAGUAGAGUCCAAGCUGAGUGCAACAUCCCCCAAGUCACCACUGUCUCCCAGGCAUACCAGAUGUCUGCAGACAUAUGUUGUGAUAACUCUGCCCUCUGAGCCAAGCACACCUACGGAAGCUAUAACGGUUCAGGCACCUAUCAGGAGGGGGUCCAUUCCAUCUACACAUCAGGCAGCACCAGCUGUGAGGACCACCCCAUACGAACAGCAGACUCCCACCGAGGCAUUCUCUGCACAGGCGACUGUCAGGAGAGGAUCUCUACCCACUGUGCGGCAACCACCACCAACAGCUGUAGUCACAACAUCAACAGUUGCGCCAAUGACAUAUUCCGAGGGAGUUGCUACUCAGGCCCCAGUAAGGAUACCCUCCAUACCAUCAUUACUUUACCAGCCAACAGUUGUGACUGAGGUAGCACCAGUUCAAUCAGAGCAGAAGACACAUAUUCAGCUAUACACUGUCCCACCCCCAAUCAAGAAACCGUAUGUACCACCUGUGGCCCAGCCAAUAGAGUAUGUAGUGUCAGAGGUGAUAACCAUAUCACCAGAGCCAGAGAUUCAGCUAGUGGCUGUAGCACUCCAGGCCACUGCAAGAAGGACCUCAAUAUCACCUGCUGUUCAGCAGCCACAAGCAGAAUCUGAAGUCAUAACAAUACCACCAGAACCAGAGGAUGCAGUUCAGCCACUUCUAAUCCAUGCUGCCCAGAUGACUGUAACACCCUCAAUACCUUCUGUUGGUGAGCAACCGCAGCCUGUAGCUGAGAUUAUUGCAAUGCCAUGUGAGCCAGAGAUUUCUCUUGAAGCACCACUUAUUCAACACAGAAUAGCUUCGGAGUCCUCUGUGAGUCAACCUUCACAGGCUGCAGCCCAUGUGGUGAGCCUCCCAGAAGAGCAAUAUGCACCCACAGAGAUCAUCACAACUGAGACCAUUACCAGAAGACCACCAGUACCGGAAGUGACCCAGCAACCACAAAUAGUAGCUGAAGUGAUACCAAUGCUUGUAAAGCAGGAUGCAUCUAUUGAAGCAUAUAACACACAGGUCUCUAGAGAGGCUACGCCACUAGCCAUGCAGCAGUCUCCUUCACUGAUGGAGGUGAUAGCAACACAACCAGAAUUUGAAAUGCCAACAGAGGUGGUGACAACAGAAGCCCUUCCAAGGGCAACCUCUAUAUCACCAGCAGUGUUCCAUCCUCAAGUCGUGGAUGAGGUGAUGACAUUACUACAAGACUACGAGAUGCCUACGGAGGUCAUAGCAACUGAGGCCACCACUGUUAGGAGAACCUCCAUAUCCUCUACAAUGCAGCCUUCACAUACAGUAUCUGAAGAAUGUCCCUAUCCUCAAGGGUUCGAGACACCCUCCAUUACAACUGAGGCCCUUACCACAACAAGGAGGGCUUCAAUAACCAUGCAACAGCCACUCGUCAUGGCUCAGGUGAUAUCCAUGCCAUCAGAGCAUGAGAUGCCUAUAGAAGCUUAUGUAACACACAUGCCCUACCAAAGAGAGUCCAUUCCCCCAGGAGUGCAGCCACUAUUGCCAGCUUCUGAGAUGUUAACUUAUUCAUCAGAGUACGAAACCCCCCUGGAAGUCAUUACUACCGAGGCCUACACCAGAAGAAUGUCAGUGCCAGCAGUCCAGGAUAUUUCCCGGUCUGUACCAGUGGCACCGAUAACCAUUACCAAGUUCCACCAAGAGUCCAUUGAGAGUCAGGAGUUCCGGGGGCCAGAGAAGGUGGUCUCCAGCAUGAGCCAUAUGUACUCUGCUUCCAUCUCUACCUCAGGACAACCCCCUGUGAGCCUACCCAGCUUGUUAACUCAGGUGGUAACCACUGAGGUUCAGAGAACCACUGUGUCUGUGGUCCAUGAGAUGUUCCCCCAGGUCCCUGUCGCCAACGUAGCUAGUGUUGCCGUCACCAUUCAGCCAGAUGUAGCUAUGGUUCAACCAAUGCCUAAACAGAACAGCAAGGCCAUCUACCCUGGUGAUGUCAUUGAUUUACGCACAGUUAAGGUUGGUGUGAAGAUGACAGACUCUGGAAUGGAUCUGACAGCCCCAGAGUCCUGUCGUCAGUCCUUCUCUACUGACUCCAGUGGGCGACACGCCACAGCAGUGCAGCCUGAGAUAGUCAACCUGAGUUCAGAACUCACACCUGCUACUACCCUUUCUGUUGUUACUGACAGCAUCACUAUAGUCACCUGCACAGCUACCAUCGCCUCCUACAGCAAGGAACUAGCUGAAAAGCCUCUGGACCUACAGGGACAUGUUACCUCUAUGCCUCUUCCCCUCACAACUUACAAACCAUUCGAGCCUCUGGCUCAGAUUGUGUACAGACCAGUGAAUACUCAGCCCAUUGUGAGCCCAUUGAUAACCCCAGUUCUAGACCCAGAAACAGAGGCUCCCAUCAAUCUGUCCUAUGGCGCCCUCACCUCCACAGCGGCCACCAGGCAGCCACUGACCCUGACCUCUGCAGCUAUCGCCAAUGGUGGGCCGAUUCCUCUGGAGGUCACAGGAGCCAUGGAUCUGUCUUCAUCCAGACCCCUGAAGGCCUUGGUGGUUCUGUCUGACACCAGCCCAGGGGUGGUUACCACCGUGGUGGAGGAUGAUGGGACUCCGGUGGACUUGACGGCUGGAAGGAGGAGUGUCUGCUGUGAUGUCAUCUACAAGCUGCCAUUCACAGGGAGCUGCAGGACACAGCCUCCAGUCACCGCCCAGCCUGACAAUCGAUUUGGCUACCGAGACGACCACUAUCAGUAUGACAACGUUGGAGUCUACGGCAUCAAAGGCCUCAAUGGCAUUAAGGCUUCCAUGUCAGAGACGAACCUGGUCGAGACAGGAGUGUUCCCCUAUGAUCCGAAGAAUGGAUAUGACUAUCUCAGUGAAGCAGGCGAUGGGGCAAUAGACCUGACUGCAGCUAAUUUAUCAGCAGGUGAAGCUCUAGACUACACCAGCAAGGCGGCUGGAGCCUUUACAGGGAUGAACACUGAUCUGUAUCCCAAUGUCCCAGCUGCUGGCUUUGGUGUAAAUAGUGGUCUUAGAUCCUCAGAUGGUAUAGUGUAUUCUUCCAUAGCAGCCCCUGUCCCAUCGACCUACGCAAUAACCACUCAGCCUGGCUCCAUCUUCAUCUCCACCCUGCCACAUACAACCACUCUCCAGAGUCAGCUAGCCCCCCACCCCUACGGCUUCAUCCCCGCCACUGACCCUGGUCAGAUUAUCAGUCUGGACACCGGCCUAUCUAAGGAGUUCCUACCCACAGCCUUAGCUGACAUCAUCACAGGCUACCCAGAUAUGUACUCAGACACCACCUUGGAGGCCAUUGCAGCCUCCCUGGAAGCCCUGACCUCCUCCCCUCUCUUCCCUGGGCUGGACGACAGUAAGAUGGCCCAGUACCAGAUGGAGAGGGAGUUCCUGGAACUGGAGAAGCUCAAGCAGCUCUGCCUGGCCGAGGAGCUGGAAUGGGAGAGGCAGGAGAUCCAGCGCUACCGAGAACAAGAGCAGAUCAUGGUGCAGAGGGAGCUGGAGGAGCUGCAGGCUCUGAAACAACAGCUGCUCAUGCAGCAGGAGGAGGAGCAUCAGGCACACCUGGUGGCCCAGCAGGAGACAUACGCUCAGCAGCGGGAGCAACUAGAGCAGAUCCAGCAGCUCCAACUCCAGCUACAGCGCCAGCUAGAGGAGCACUACGGAACGACAGGCACCGCCGGCAACCUGCUGGAAGCCCAGUAUGCAGGGGUAGGGGAUAACGGCCAGUACUGGCCUGUUAGGGAUGAGUCUUCCCCCGCUACCACUGCCACCCAGCCGGAGGGAGGGAGUCCGAAAGAGGACCAGCUUCAGCUUACCAAGAAGCUCCCAGCGGGGUCGAAACAGAUCAUGGACAGUGGUGUACAGACUGACGAUGAGGACUCCAACAAACAUUACGUGGGGAGGAAGAGGAGAAACAACAAGAGGAGCGUGGAUACCAGCGUGCAGACGGACGAUGAGGACCAGGAGGAGUGGGAUGCGCCCACGCGAGCCCGCCGCCGCUCUCGUAAGCACAGCAGCGAGGGCAAGCACAGCUCCAAAGUGACCAGCAUAGCCAUCCAGACAGUGGCGGAAAUCUCCGUCCAGACCGAUCACUCGGGCACCCUCAAACGGCCCAACGUCCAGAUGGACGCCAAGGUGGAGAUCGUCAAGCACAUCUCCGCCCCCGAGAAUUCCCAAAGAGGGGGCAGUCUGAGCUGCCAGACAGACUCAUCGGACAGGAGGCACCACACUCCAAUAGAGGUGGGCUACAGCACUCACCUGAAGACAGACCUCCCUAAGAUACUCUAUUCAUCUGUGUCUCCACUGUCCAAGAGUAAAUCCAUAGAGUUCGGCAGGGAGGAUAAGUGUGUGGGGGGUCAGAGGAUGCUGACGGGUGACCCCACCAGGUAUUCCUCCAGCCCCAGGAUGCUGAAGCCAGGACAAAAGUCCCUGUCAGACCCCAAGUCCCUCAGCCCUACCACCGAGGACAGGAUGGGAGCCUAUCACUACUCAGACCCUUACUCUGGUCGAGGCUCCCCCUCCGGCUCCCAGAAGAAGGUAAAAAGGACUCUUCCGGAUCCCCCUCCAGAAGAGGACUCACUGAGUGGCCGUUCAGGCUACAGCACCAACUCUGCUCGCCGCCGGUUGGCCCGUAACACCACCAUGGCUCGUGCUAAGAUCCUGCAGGACAUCGACAAGGAGCUUGACCUGGUAGAGAGAGAGUCAUCCAAGCUCAGGAAGAAACAGGCCGAACUAGAUGAGGAGGAGAAAGAGAUUGAUGCCAAGCUGAGGUACCUGGAGAUGGGCAUCAAUCGGCGAAAGGAGGUUCUGCUGAAGGAGAGGGAGAAGAGAGAGAGGGCCUACCUACAAGGAGUGGCAGAGGAGAGAGAUUACAUGUCUGACAGCGAGGUCAGCAACAUCCGGGAUGCCAGGGGUAGUAGUCAUGGUCUGGAGAGACCUCGGACAGCUCCGCAGUCUGAGUUCGACCAGUUCAUCCCCCCACAGACAGAGGCAGACUCCCAGUAUUCCACUCUGACCAGUCCCUACUCCCACUAUGCCCAGUACGUCCCUCAGACUCAGUCCAGCAGCCACUACCCCCAGCAGACACUCUACCAGCAGCAGUCUCUCUACCACCAACAAGUGUCCCCCUACCAGACCCAAUCGGUCUAUUCUUCCGUCCCCACCCUCUCCUACCCCCAGUCCUCCCACUCCCAGGCUCAGCCCAGCAGCUACCAACAGGCUCAGCUGCUCCUCAUUCAGGGGAAACAGCGUCAGAACACCCUCUCCGAACUGGAGCCCAAGAUCACCCCCAACUACGAGGUCAUCCGUAAUCAGCCUCUGCUCAUCGUGCCCUCCUCCACAGACAGCGGGUACGCGGUGGCCCAUCUCGGGGGCAAGUAUAGCAGCCUCGACCUGAGGCUGGGGCUGGAGGAGAGGAGCAUGGCCUCCAGCCCCAUGUCCAGCAUCUCUGCUGAGUCUUUCUAUGCUGACAUUGACCACCACAAUGCCAGGAACUACGUCCUGAUUGAGGACAUAGGGGAGCUGACCAAGGCCUCUGCAGGGUUGAGCACCUCAAGCCUGGGCUCUGGCUUCACCCUGCCUGACAAGGAGCUGAGUAAGGCCGACAGACUGCUGAGGGCAGCCGAGGCCAGGCGCACCGCUGAGGUGGCAGAGUUCCUGGGCAGUUCCUCGCGGCUCCAAGGCUAUGGGAAAGGAGAGGAGGACUCGAUGGAAGAGCCUUACGAGCUGAAGCUGCUGAAGCAACAGAUCAAGCAGGAGUUCAGACGAGGCAACGAGGGCCUGGAGCAUCUCUCAAGCCUGGGUCUGCCCCAUUACAUUCCAAGCGAUGCCGGCUACCGACACUUCCCCAAGGCUGAGAAGUACAGCAUUGGCAGACUCACCCUGGAGAAACAAGCUGCCAAGCAGCUCCCCACAGCUGUGCUCUACCAGAAACAGGUGAAGAACAAGAAGGCCUUGAUGGACCCUAAGAUGACCAAAUGUUCACCCAUCCAGGAGAGCCGAAACUUGGAGCCAGAUUACAGCAGCUUCCUGGGAUCGGGGGCGUCCUCGGUGACCCACCUGGCAGCCCGAGCCCGGCUGCUGCAGGAUGAGAUCACCUUUGGGCUGAGGAAGAAUCUGACAGAACAGCAGAAAUACUUAGGCUCCUCUCUGGGGGCCAACCUGUCUGGUUCUCUCAACCUGGGCCAGUCUCUGGGCCUAGGGGGCCCCACCAUGAGGUCCUCUCUCCAGGACGACGGCACCUACCCAAGUGGCACCCGCUCCCGCCCCUCCUCCCGCCCCUCCUCUCGUCCUUCCUCUGUCUACGGCCUGGACCUGUCCAUAAAGACAGACCUGUCCAGUUCCUCCCUCAGGCUGAAGACGGAAGGAGAAGCUCUGGAUGCAGCGUUUGCAUCCGGGGCGGCCCGAGCCAAACCCACCAGCCUGCCCAUCAGCCAGAGCCGCGGGCGCAUACCAAUCGUGGCCCAGAACUCGGAGGAGGAGAGCCCUCUGAGCCCCGUGGGAGAGCCCAUGGGUAUGGCCAGGGCCUCCGCUGGCCCACUGCCGCCCAUAUCUGCCGACUCCAGGGACCAGUUUGGGUCCAGCCACUCCCUGCCUGAGGUGCAGCAGCACAUGAGAGAGGAGUCGCGGACCCGAGGCUACGACCGCGACAUCGCCUUCAUCAUGGACGACCUGCAGGGGGCGAUGUCCGACAGUGAAGCACUAAGUGACUCCAUGCUGACUUUGAACAGAGAUGAAGCCAGAAUCUUUCAUGAGAGUAUCAGACACGCUGGAGGCCCAAACUGGAAUAUAGAAGCCUACCACCUGAGGAGAGAGGACUCAGACUGGUUUGACAAGCCCAGAGAGGGCCGCCAGGGCCAGCAGGUUGGACACGUUCUGGACAGGAGACAAAUGAAGCUGAUCCCAUAUGCUUUCCCUCACUCACGUAUCAAACUGCAGAGAGACCCCAAAGACACCAGCGUUUCAGGUAAUGGUCUUGGGAUUCGUGUGGUCGGAGGGAAAGAGAUACCCGGGACACGAGGGGAGAUUGGAGCCUACAUUGCCAAGGUUACCCCUGGAGGAGUAGCAGAACAGACAGGAAAAGUGGUGGAAGGUAUGCAGGCGUUGGAGUGGAACGGGGUUCCUCUGACGGGCAAGACCUAUGAGGAGGUGCAGUGCAUCAUGGGUCAGCCCUGUGCAGAGGCGGAGCUUUGUGUGCGACUGGAUCUUAACAUGCUGUCAGACCCAGAUUACCCUCAGGCCCUGGAGCAGCACGCUCAGUUCAAGACUGGUGAGAGGCAGCGCUCCCCAGGUGUGGAUCCGAACCAACUGGCCGCCGAGUUGCAAAAGGUGUCCCAGCAGCAGGGUCCUGGGGUGUCGGGGUCGGGGGUCGGACCAGGGGGGAUCGGGGUCCUCUCUGCCCUGGAGCGCUCCGCCCUCCUCCACUCAGGUGCUGGCUCAGCCACCUCCAGUGGCGUGCCCAGCCCUGGACAGCCGGCCUCGCCCGCCAUCAACAAGAAACAACGACACAGCGCUAAGUCGACAGAGCUCUUGAAGCCACAAUCUCACCCCAUCACCGGAGAGAUCCAGCUCCAGAUCAACUAUGACAGGAACCUGGGGAACCUGAUUGUUCAUGUUCUCCAGGCCAGAAAUCUGGCUCAGAAAGACAACAACGGCUACUCCGAUCCUUUCGUCAAGGUCUACCUGCUGCCUGGGAGAGGCCAAGUCAUGGUUGUCCAGAACGCAAGUGCUGAUAACAAGAGGAGAACCAAACAUGCCCAGAAGACCCUGAACCCAGAAUGGAACCAGACAGUGAUCUACAAAAACAUUCACCUGGAGCAGCUUAAGAAGAAGACCCUGGAGGUGACCGUGUGGGAUUAUGACAGAUCUUCGUCCAACGACUUCCUGGGAGAAGUGCUGAUAGACCUGUCUAACACAGCCCAGCUGGACAACACUCCUCGCUGGCUGCCUCUCAAGGAACAGAGCGAGAGCAUCCAGCACAGCCGAGCCCACCAUGCUGCCCAGGGACCCCCAGGGUCCGGAGCAGGGCAGGGCCAAGGCCAGGUCCAGGUCCAGGGCCAGGGCCAGGGAUCUACAGGAGGGCCCGGGAUGGGGCCCGGAAUGGGGUUGGGACAGGGUGGUCAAAACCAGGGACAGGGCCAGGGACUAGGGUCUCAUGACUCCCCCAAGAACUCAGUGAUCAAGAGUAGAAGCCAUGGGAUCUUCCCUGACCCAGCGAAAGACAUGCAAAUGAGCCCUCUGGAGAAGUCCCACAGCAGUCCGGGCAGCUCCAAGUCCUCCUCGGACGGCCAACUGCGCUCCCAUGGCCCCUCCCGCAGCCAGAGCAAGAGCAGCGUCACGCAGGCCCACCUGGAGGAUGCUGGGAUAGCCAUAGCUGCCGCCGAGGCCGCCGUCCAACAGUCCCGCCUCCAACCAAGACCAGGCCAUAGGCUGGCCGAUCUGUCAGGCUCGGUGGUGUCAUCAGCCCCCAGCCUGGUGGGAGACGGCUUCGGGGGGCUGGAUGGGGAUGACGGGCCGGGCAGCGGAGUGGACAGUGCCAUCUUCCAGGUUCCACGCAUUGGGAACACCAUUCCCAACGGGACUGACAAGACCAGAGGACUGGGUACCCCGGAAAAUGAAGGUAAGACCCAAGUGAUGGGGGAGAUCAAGGUGGCUCUGAAGAAGGAGGUAAAGACAGAUGGAGACCAGCUGGUCCUGGAGAUCCUUCAGUGUAGAAACAUCACCUACAAGUUCAAGAGCCCGGACCACUUACCAGACCUGUAUGUGAAGCUGUACGUGGUGAACGUGGCCACUCAGAAGAGGAUCAUUAAGAAGAAGACCAGAGUGUGUCGCCAUGACCGCGAGCCCUCCUUCAACGAGACCUUCAGGUUCAACCUCAACCCCACUGGUCACUCCUUACAGCUCUUCUUGGUGUCUAAUGGAGGGAAGUUUUUGAAGAAGACGCUCAUAGGAGAGGCCUAUAUCUGGCUGGAUAAGGUGGACAUGAGGAAGAGGGUGGUCAGCUGGCACAAACUGUCGGUCAGUUCCACUCAGACCCACCCCUGAGGGACCAGCUAACCCAGGAGUCGUCAGGGGCCAGUGGAGGAAGAAUGGACUGGAAUUCCGGCGAGGUCGGAGAGAUCACGAGGAGGAGAAGGAAUGCACGCUUUGUUCAUGUUUAGAACUAGGUCCUAGUUGAAAAAAAGAAGAAGAAGAAGAAAAAAAAAGACAAAGCAAAA